UUGUGUUUGAAGUUUUGAACUUCGAAACUUUUCUCUUUUUUUUUUUUUUUUUUUUUUUGGGCAGCACUCUAGGUGUUUGAUAGAACUCCGCAAUCAUAUUGAGCACUCUAUCUUGAACUUGACUAUGGGGUUGGGAUGUUAGAAUGUUACUUCCAGUGUAUUGUAAACGAACACUGAGAUAAUUUCAGAAAAAAAAAAUAGAGAUCAGUGGAGUCUUCAUGGGUCUUAGGGUCUAUGAUGUGUUUUCAUCUCUUUCUUAUUUACUUUUGUGUCUUUAGUCUAAUUCUAAAGUAACUGACCUCAUCCAAAUUGGAUUCUGUUCAUGUUGGAGCUUCUAAUUAUCUUAAUACUUAUCUUUCUAGUUAAAGUUUUGGUGCGGUGGACCAGUAGUGUGGAUAAAUCAAUUGAGGUUUGGGACCCUCUUUGUCACACCCCAAAUUUUAAUCCAAGAACUACUUGUUCUGCAAAUAAAAUUUGAAAUAUAACUUCCACCCAUUCUCAACAUACAUCCACCAUAAACAAUGAAUCUCAUCAUAAAAUUUAUUAACAUGAGAGUCUGACAAAUUUAUACAAAUAAUGAAUAGAGGUGAAAUUCCCUCUUAACAUGAUAAAAAUCCAAUAACCACUCAGUCAACUAAACAAGGUCUCACAAAUCACCAACUUUAUUACAAUGAUCAUAAUAAAGGAAAACCGAGUAAAAAUACAUAAAUAUGCAAUGAGCUAAAAUCCGUCCCCAUCCUGUGUCUCCAUCACGUUCCUACUCUACGAGCACUUGAAAUGUGAUAAUGGGGUGAACUCACAAGCUUAGCAAGAAAUGCUAAACACAAUCAUCGUUCAGCAAGCUAACCUUACCUUAUAUUUUCAUAUAUAUACGUAACUCAACAAUUGCAUUAAUUAAAUAUGCAUAACCAAGUUAAUUAUAAACUUCAUAAAUAAUCAUCAUUUACUUUUAAUAAAUCCACAUAUCCCAUAUGAGCCCCGGGCUCCCAUCCAAUAAAGUGGUGUGAAUCGCAUAAUCCCUGACUACCGAAAACACACGUGUGGCUGGAUUGUAUGUCUACUCCCCAGAUGAUCCCUGAUCACGUCCAUACAAUAAGGGCUCAUUAAACCCAUGACCAUAAUGAAAGGGUAGUGUACUCCCAAAUAGGCAGGUCCCUGACCAUAACCAAAAGUCAUCAUAGGGUCAGUCCCUGACUACCCCUCAGACUAAUCCAAACUCAUCCAUUAAAUAACAGUUAUGGUGAAUUAUGAAAUGAAUUAAUAAUUAAUAAUUUAAAAUAUUAAUUAAUGUAUCAAACUAUGCCUUUAAUUAACCAAUUAUGAGAAUCACAAAUAAGCUUAUAUGGAAUUUCCCACUUAACUAUCACCUGGUCGAGUAGCUUAAAUUAUCAUCAACCAUAGCCGUCCUUAAACAUAACCUACUGAUCUAGUCAUGCAAUUUCAUUUAUAUUUAUGUAUAUAUAUAUAAAAUGAUUAAUCAUGUGGUUUAAUGGUCACAAUCCAGAACACCUUACUCACUUUUUCCAACAAACAUAUCUAACAAAUUAACAUCAUACUAACAUACAAACUCUAUUGUUUAAUGAUACCCUGAUAUAACCCAUCACUUAUAAUUAUGUUUAACUAAUUAAUUGUCAUUCUUUUUUUUUUUCUUUUUUUUUAUAACAACAGUGAAUAAAAGAUACUCAACAAUUCUAUUACAACAAUAACUCUAAAUUAAUAAGAAUUAACAGAUGUAUAAUUAUAUAUAUCAACUCUCAAAACAACUCUAUAGAAUCUAUUUUAAUUACUCAAACCGUUAAUGUGAAAAUUAAAGUAUACGCGUUUAUGGCCAUUUAUAUCCAAAUCUUGAUUCUACAACUAAAGGUGAAAGAAAGUGAUUCCUUAAAAUGUAUCCCUUCACAGUACCCAUCAUUGUAACCGAGUAUAAUAAAAUGGGUACCUUCCUAUUCACUUUAAUGAACAAUUUAUUAUAACAGUGGAAACAAUUUAGGUUUCAUGUCUUAAUAGGGAACAUAGUACGUAUCACAUUAGAACUUUAAGGUAACUAAAAUAUACUAAUUAAUUAAAUACAACAGAUCACGUUAUACCAGUUCAUGCAAAUCUAAUCUUAAAAUUAUCUUAGAUUAAUUUAACACAUUUAGCCUAACAUAGAAUUUUUUUAACUAUUUUAAUAUAAUUCCACAUCAAGUUACAAUUAUAUAUAAAAAUAUAAAGCAAGAUUAACUUGCCUGGAAAAGCUAAUCCCUUCUACUAUACGAAUCUCCGAUCACCGACUCUCUUCCCAGAAACUGCAGGCAGGUACGCGACGUCAGAUCUCAUUCACUCUAUAUAACCCUAUUAUCUUUAUCUCUCUUUCGAUUUAUAAAAUAUCGUAAUAUGAUAUACAGUGCAAGAUAAACUUAUAAAGAGUAAUAAUAACUGGUAGGUGAGAUAAUUUAGGAUCCUUUUUUAAAAAAUUUCAAUUUUUUUUUAAAAAGGUAACCUAUUAUCUCUAAUAUUCCUUAAAAAUAUUCCUAAUAAAAAAAAUACGGGUAUUACACUCUUAGACCUCAUAAAGGGAAAGGUUUGCCAUGCCUUCCAACUCUUAUGCUUGAGAUGCGAGAUGUUGCCUACGUCAAGGAGCUCUGUUAGCUCGGUCUCUAGGUCUUUCCUAACAUUCAUGAACUGCUUGCUUGCUUUGUUGGUGGCCCCACCUUAGUCAUGGCCAACAUCUGUAGCUAUGUGGACUUGGGCUACUGAUUCCAUCUCCCAUUGUUCCUCAGUAGCUCAGAAGUAGAGCGGUCAGCUGUUAACUGACUGGUCGUAGGUUCGAAUCCUACUUGGGGAGAUUUGAUUCAUUCUGAAUUAAAGAGUUCAGAAUGAAAGGGCGCUUUUUGACCAUUAAGAGUAGGUAACCCGUACCCUGUCUUUGUUUCUAUUACAUUCUAUCUUAUUUUGUUUGGAAUUAUUUUUUGAUUCUGAAAUCUGUUCUAUAUUAUAUUUUGACUUUGGAAGAACACUUUUAUACAAUUUAUUUUGUGUUUUGGCCUUAUUCUUGCUAUAUUUUACUCACAUUAUUGCUGAAGAAGUUAGUUUGAAUUGUUUUUUUUUACAAGUUGGCAGAAUCUUACGAUUCACGAUUCUACAAUUCCGAUUCUACGAAGCCCAAAACGAUUCUCAUUGGGUCAAAUAAUGCUAAUCCCUCUUUUUGUUAGAAUCCCGAUUCUAACAACCUUGGAUGGAGUUAAUGUUUCCCUAAAAUUAUUUUUUUUCUAAAAAUUUAUUCAAUUCAUUCUUUCUUUUCUUCUUACUCUUCUUCUUUUUCAUAUAUAUAUAUUUUUAUUCUCUUCAAAUAAAUUUGCUUUCCCUUUUUCAAUCAAAUCCUAUUUUUUUUAACAUAUAUUUUUUUGACCAUAUAUACUUCAAUAUAGUCUUCCAAGAUUAAUUAUAUAUAGGUAAAAUAUAUUAACAAACUUCAUUUUCAUGUAAGUAAGAGUGAUUUUUACAAAUUUGCUAUGAUUUUUUUAAAAAAGAAACAAAUUAUAUGAUACUAUCUAGACUGAUUUCUGUGAUCAUAAUCAAACUAACAUGCGCAAAGUUGAUUGUGGUGAUAUAUUCUACUUACACUACCAUAAAUUUUUUUAGUUGAUUUAUUUUUUUUAUUUUUAUUUUUUAUCUUUAACCCUGAAAUGAAAUCUUGGCAUCUACUUAAUAAUAUUGCUUAAUUACUACUACUAGGUUUCUAGAUCUUUUGGUGAAAUGGUGAUCGGGAUUCGGGACAAUUGUAUUUAGAAUUGAAAGGUAUAUUGACCGGUAAAAAAGUGAAGUCAAAAAGCUGAUGAAGACUACAAGACUCUUUAGGACUUCCAAUGAAGGGAGAGACCUUCCAAGUUAAGUAUUGCAAAGUGUAAAAUCACAAAUCCCUUCAUUUGUAGUCGGAAUUUUAUUUUGUCUCCGUCGCAACAACUCGAAAAAUGGAUUUUAUGUGAAUUUCUUCCCUAAUUUUUUUUGACAUGUUCUUCUGUCAUAAUAUAGCAAAAGAAUCAACCUCUAAAGUUGAACUUGAGGAUGACUUCUACAUCUCAACUCUUUUUUAUGAUCGUCACCACAAUAUGGCAAAAGAAUCAACCUCUAAUGUUGAACUUGAGGAUGACUUCUACAUCUCAACUCUCUUUGAUGAUCGUCACCACAAUAUGGAAAAAGAAUCAACUAAUGUUGAACUUGAGGAUGAAUUCUACAUCUCAAAUCUCUUUGAUGAUCGUCACCACAAUAUGGCAAAAGAAUUAAACUCUAAUGUUGGACUUGAUGAUGACUUCUACAUCUCAACUCCUUUUGAUGAUCGUCACCACAUUAUGGCAAUAGAAUCAAACCUCUAAUGUUGAACUUGAUGAUGACUUCUACAUCUCAACUCUCUUUGAUGAUCGUCACCACAUUAUGGCAAAAGAAUCAAGCUCUAAUGUUGUUGAACUUGAAGAUGACUUCUACAUCUCAACUCUCUUUGAUGAUCGUCACCACAAUAUGGCAAUAGAAUCAACCUCUAAUGUUGAACUUGAGUAUGACUUCUAUAUCUCAACUCUCUUUGAUGAUCGUCACCGCAAUAUGGCAAACUCUAGUGUUGGACUUGAGGAUGAUUUCUACAUCUCAAUUCUCUUUGAUGAUUGUCACCACAAUAUGGCAAAAGAAUCAACUAAUGUUGAACUUGAGGAUGACUUCUACAUAUCAACUCUCUUUGAUGAUCGUCACCGCAAUAUUGCAAAAGAAUCAACCUCUAAUGUUGAACUUGAGGAUGACUUCUACAUUUCAACUCUCUUUGAUGAUCGUCGCCACAAUAUGGCAAUAGAAUCAACCUCUAAUGUUGAACUUGAGGAUGACUUCUACAUCUCAACUCUCUUUGAUGAUCGUCACCACAAUAUGGCAAACUCUAAUGUUGACUUGAGGAUGAUUUCUACAUCUCAAUUCUCUUGUAUGAUUGUCAACACAAUAUGGCCAAAGAAUCAACUAAUGUUGAACUUCAGGAUGACUUCUACAUCUCAACUCUCUUUGAUGAUCGUCGCCACAAUAUGGCAAAAGAAUCAAGCUCUAAUGUUGAACUUGAGGAUGACUUCUACAUCUCAACUCUCUUUGAUGAUCGUCACCACAAUAUGGCAAUAGAAUCAACCUCUAAUGUUGAACUUGAGGAUGACUUCUACAUCUCAACUCUCUUUGAUGAUCGUCACCACAAUAUGGUAAACUCUAAUGUUGAACCUGAGGUUGAUUUCUACAUCUCAAUUCUCUUUGAUGAUUAUCUCCGCAAUAUGGAAAAAGAAUCAACUAAUGUUGAACUUGAGGAUGACUUCUACAUCUCAACUCUCUUUGAUGAUCGUCACCCCAGUAUGGCAAAAGAAUCAACCUCUAAUGCUGAACUUGAGGAAGAUUUCUACAUCUCAAUUCUCUUUGAUGAUCGUCACCACAAUAUGGCAGAAGAGUCAACUAAUGUUGAACUUGAUCAUGAGGAUGACUUCUACGUCUUAACUCUCUUUGAUGAAAACGAAGAGAGUCAGAUUUUCCCAAUGGAGAUUGCAGAAGAGGUUGGCGAAUCAUCGCACAGCUUCUGCGAAAUUUGUGUGGAACGGAAAGAAACUGAUGACAUGUUUAGGAACCAAACUUGUCACCACUCCUUCUGUUCUAACUGUAUAAGCAAACAUAUUGCUGCAAAGAUUCAAGAGAAUAACAGAGUUGUUAUGUGUCCGGGUUUGGACUGCAAAGGAGUGCUAGAGCUCAAUGAUUGUAUGCAGAUAAUUGGGAAGAAGUGCUAGAGCUCAAUGAUUGUAUGAAGAACUGGAUGAAAUGUCCACACUGCAAAUAUUAUGUUGAAAAAACAGAGGGUUGUUUACACAUGACUUGCAGGUGUGCAUUUCAGUUUUGCUAUGCAUGUGGAGCAACUUGGAGUCAAAUUCAUGGUGGUUGUCAGGCACCAUGAUUAGCAGACUCAAGAAAUGUGAGACAGAGGGAUGAUGUUUAAUCAAUGCCAUCUACCUGGGGUCUUAGGCCUCUUUUAGCCAUUGAUCUUACUGUGACGGAAAUAUUGAAUUCACAAUUGAAAGGUAUUGAUCCGUACAGAAGUGAAGUCAAAAGCUGAAGACUACAGGACUCUUUAGGACUUCCAAUGAAGAAGAGUCCUUCGAAGCUAAGUCUUGUGAAGUGUAAAAUCAAAAGUCCCUUCAUUCUUAUAUGAUGAUAUACAAACUGCAAAAUUUGUAUCGAGAAGUGUGAUGGUGGGUGGGAUUCACCCGUUUUCUGUUUUCUCUUGUAUGUUGUGGACUCGAAUUUAGAAAUCUCUAAUAACACCGUAUAUAAGAGUAUUUAAGUUGGGUUCAGAGUGCCACAAGAAAUAACAUUGAAAGCUGCAUAUGCCUGUUGAAUUGAUUGUUGAAGUCUUCAUAACCCUUUUGAAUUGUCAAAGGCUGAAUGAGUGGCUUGACACAAUUUUUUGGAUAGUUUCAAGGAAUUCCUUUUUUCUCGACAAGAUUUUAGUCUGAUUGGAAACGGCUUAACUUGCAAUACUCAACAGCGUGGCUAUUGAUUUUGGGUUUAGGUUUGGCGCCAUAGAAAUAAUAAGAAAAGAAAGGAAAUGAAAUUUUUUUGAACAAUUUUGCUGCUUUUGGCUCGAUGAAAAAUAAUAGUAGAAAGUGAAAGUUAAAAAAAAAAAAAAAAAAAAAAAAUGAAAUGAAAAAAAGGAAAAUAAUUUUUUCAUUGUGUUUAGGUUGUCUUCAAAAUUUUGCCAAAAAAAGUCAAUGAAAAAUUAUCAUUUUGUGGUUUGAAUAGCAUGAAACUUGCCAUAUGAAAAAAGGCAUUACUGUAAGUUCAUAAAAGUUUCUUAAGAAGUCAAAAUUUCUAGU